AACAUAUAUAAAGCUAGAUUCACUUCAUACUCAAUAGGCAGUGAUGGCUUCCCUUGUAUUGCACGUUUCCUUACCUCCCUUACGUUUGUCUUCAGCUAUGACCAGGGACGGACUGACAACUCAUGGGGCCCCCGGGCAAUAGGGGAUCAUGGGGCCCCUGUGUCCUUGCCCAAACUCAAAAAAGCCUAUGAAAAGGGUACCAGGGGCAUCUCAUGGGGCCCCCUACUGACCCCAGGCGCUCGGGCAGUGCCCGAGUUUCCAAAUGGUCAGUCCGCCCCUGGCUAUCACCAACAUGGCACAACCACCACCAAGACA